AUGACCGCGAUUCGGAAAAAGCUGGUCAUCGUCGGUGAUGGUGAGGGCAGCGAGAGGCGUCCUCGAAACGUCUUCGGUGAUGGCGAGCUUGCGGAUGCCCCUGUGCCUGCCGUCUUGGAUGUCGCCACCAUCGACGUCAGGGCUGAGGAGGCCUUAUGGGACACAGCGGGGCAGGAGGACUAUGACCGGUUGCGGCCACUGUUGCACCUGAAAAGAGGCGCGACCUUGAUGUGCUUCAGCAUCGACUCGCCCGACUUCCUGCACAAACCGGAGUCGUGGAGGCCGGAGGUCCGCCACUUCUGCUCCAGCGUGUCCGUCAUCUUUGCAAAGGUGAUGAACCCCGGCUGCCACUUGCCCAUGCUGGCAGAUCCAGCCAUGCCGAAGCACAAGCACGGUGUUCGCGAAGAAAAGACCACGUCGGUGAAGACCAACGCCGACGACUCACCUGGAGUAGAAUGCCAAGACCAAGGACGAAGACCACAGAUGAGCGCGAUCAGAAAGGAACUUGUGAUCGUCGGAGAUGUUGAGGACAGCGAGACGCGUCCUCUAAGCGUGGGCAGCGAUGGUGAGCUUGCGGAGGACUCUGUGUCCACUGUUUUCGAAAACUACGUCAACACCACCGAGGUCAGGCUUGGCGUGGCCUUGUGGGACACAGCGGGGCAGGAGGACUAUGACCGGUGGCGACCUCCGUGGCACCGCGACAGAGACGUGGUCUUGAUGUGCUUCAGCAUCGACUCGCGCAACUUCCCGGACAACUCGGAGUCAGGGAGGCGUGAGGUGCGCCACUUCUGCCCCAGCGUGUACGGAAUUCUUGCAUGGACGAUGAAUCCCCGCAACUUCUUGCUCAAGCUACCCGAUCCAGCCAUGACGAAGCAGAAGCACGCUGCUCAUCACGAAGGACGUGCUUUGGCAGAAGAGAACAACGCCUACGGCUCACCUGGAGUCCUCUGCCAAGACCAAGGAUGGUGUGGGGGAGAUGUGCGACAGUGCAAAAACGGCCACCUUACACAGGUGUAG